GCAACGGGGAGGCGUGUCUGGCUUGGUUGUGGAGCGAGGCGCGAGCUGAGGAGUACGGACGGAGAAUUAAGAACCCUGGUUUCAAAUUUUUGCCAAAAAGAAUACGAUGUUGCAGCUUCGUUUUGUGAAAGGGGGUUUACCCUUCCUGGGUGUUAAACGUCUGUCUGUGCUUAAUGCAGCUUUCCAGAGCACUCAACGUGUGGAGUACAAACCUAUAAAGAAAGUGAUGGUUGCCAAUCGAGGUGAAAUAGCUACAAGAGUAUUCAGGGCAUGCACUGAACUGGGUAUAAGGACAGUAGCCGUCUACUCUGAGCAGGACACUGGUCAGAUCCACAGACAGAAAGCAGAUGAGGCCUACCUUAUAGGAAAGGGGUUACCUCCAGUCCAAGCCUACUUGAACAUUCCUGAUAUAAUAAAGAUUGCUAAGGAAAAUGAAGUGGAUGCUGUUCACCCAGGUUAUGGCUUCCUGUCUGAGCGUUCUGAUUUUGCACAGGCUUGUGCAGAUGCUGGUGUACGAUUCAUUGGACCCUCACCUGAGGUUGUGCGUAAAAUGGGUGAUAAAGUGGAAGCCCGAGCGAUUGCAAUAAGUGCUGGUGUUCCAGUUGUACCAGGUACAGACGCUCCCAUCACUUGUGUGACUGAAGCAAAGGAAUUUUCCAACACCUAUGGCUUUCCUAUCAUCUUUAAGGCAGCUUAUGGAGGGGGUGGACGAGGCAUGCGUGUAGUAAGAGGCUAUGAGGAACUCGAAGAAAAUUACACUAGGGCUUAUUCAGAGGCGCUUUCAGCUUUUGGAAACGGUGCCUUAUUUGUGGAGAAAUUUGUUGAAAAGCCUCGUCAUAUAGAAGUGCAGAUACUCGGUGACAAAUAUGGCAAUGUAGUGCAUCUUUAUGAACGUGAUUGCUCCAUCCAAAGGCGGCAUCAGAAGGUGGUAGAGAUAGCACCAGCUGCUCAGCUUGAUCCUCAGCUACGGGAUAGACUUACUCGGGAUUCUGUUAAACUAGCAAAACAGGUUGGUUACGAAAACGCUGGUACAGUGGAGUUCCUCGUAGAUAAACACGGUAGACAUUUCUUCAUAGAAGUCAAUUCCCGGCUGCAGGUGGAACAUACUGUGACUGAGGAGAUUACAGAUGUUGACUUGGUCCAUGCCCAGAUCCAUGUAGCAGAAGGAAGAAGUUUGCCUGAGCUUGGCCUGAAGCAGGAAAAUAUCCGUAUCAAUGGCUGUGCAAUUCAGUGUAGAGUGACUACUGAAGAUCCAGCUCGUGGAUUCCAGCCUGACACUGGCAGAAUUGAGGUAUUUCGUAGUGGUGAAGGAAUGGGAAUCCGAUUGGACAGUGCCUCAGCCUUCCAAGGAGCUGUCAUCUCCCCUCAUUAUGACUCUCUGCUCGUCAAAGUCAUAGCCCAUGCAAAAGAUCAACAAGUGGCAGCAACUAAGAUGAGCAGAGCUUUGGCAGAAUUCAGAAUUCGUGGAGUGAAGACAAAUAUUCCUUUCUUACAAAAUGUUCUAAACAACGACCAAUUCCUUCAUGGUACAGUGGAUACCCAGUUUAUUGAUGAAAACCCUGACCUCUUCAACUUGAGACCUGUACAGAACAGAGCACAAAAGCUGUUGCACUACUUGGGUCACGUGAUGGUGAAUGGUCCAACUACACCCAUUCCUGUUAAGGCCAAGCCAUCUAAUAUUGAUCCUGUUGUGCCCCUUGUGCCAAUAAGUCCACCACCUCCUGGAUUUAGGGAUAUCCUGCUACGAGAAGGUCCAGAGGGGUUUGCCAAGGCUGUACGCAAGCACCGUGGACUACUUCUAAUGGACACGACCUUGAGAGAUGCCCACCAAUCUCUUCUUGCCACCCGCGUUCGUACUCAUGACCUAAAAAAGAUCUCUCCUUUUGUGUCUCACAACUUGAACAAUCUCUUCAGUCUGGAAAACUGGGGAGGUGCUACUUUUGAUGUUGCCAUGCGCUUCCUUUAUGAAUGCCCUUGGAGACGUCUGCAGGAGAUGAGGGAGCGCAUUCCUAACAUACCCUUCCAGAUGUUGCUGAGAGGGGCAAAUGCUGUAGGAUAUACAAACUACCCUGAUAAUGCUGUGUUCAAGUUUUGUGAAGUGGCAAAAGAGAAUGGCAUGGAUAUUUUCAGAGUAUUUGACUCUUUGAAUUACCUACCAAACAUGAUCUUGGGUAUGGAGGCAGCAGGCCAAGCUGGUGGAGUGGUAGAGGCUGCUAUUUCCUACACUGGUGAUGUUGCAGACCCCACUCGCACUAAAUACACAUUGGACUACUAUGUGAAUCUGGCUGAAGAGCUUGUGAAAGCUGGAACCCACAUUUUAUGCAUUAAGGAUAUGGCGGGACUGUUGAAACCUAAAGCCUCAGAUUUGCUAAUACGAGCUCUCAGGGACAAGUUCCCAGACAUCCCAAUCCAUGUACAUACCCAUGAUACAGCUGGAGCUGGAGUGGCCUCUAUGCUGGCCUGUGCAGAAGCUGGAGCUGACAUUGUUGAUGUGGCAGUUGAUUCCAUGUCUGGGAUGACUUCUCAGCCUAGUAUGGGAGCUAUGGUGGCUUGUACAAAGGGUACAGCGCUUGACACAGGAAUACAGCUAGAAAAAGUGUUUGACUACAGCGAGUACUGGGAGGUCACUAGAGGUCUUUAUGCUGCCUUUGACUGCACAGCGACCAUGAAAUCAGGAAAUGCAGAUGUGUAUGAGAAUGAGAUCCCUGGUGGCCAGUACACCAACCUUCACUUCCAAGCUCAUAGUAUGGGGCUGGGCAACAAAUUCAAGGAGGUGAAGAAAGCAUAUGCAGAAGCAAACAAACUUCUUGGCGAUGUCAUCAAGGUAACUCCCUCCUCCAAAAUUGUUGGAGACUUGGCACAGUUUAUGGUACAUAAUGGACUCUCAAGAGAACAAGUGGAAACUAUGGCAGAUGAAUUAUCCUUCCCAUUGUCUGUAGUGGAAUACUUGCAGGGCUAUGUUGGAAUUCCCUAUGGUGGCUUUCCAGAGCCUUUGCGAUCAAAGGUCUUAAAGGAUGCACCACGUAUUGAGGGAAGACCUGGGGCUUCAUUACCAUCAAUGGACUUUGCCAAGCUAGAAGAAGGACUGCGGAGCAAGUAUGAUGAUAUAACACCAGAAGACAUUAUGUCUGCUGCUAUGUAUCCCAAAGUGUUUGAAGAGUACAAGGAUUUCAGCACUCAGUUUGGCCCGGUCGAAUGUCUCAAUACCCGCCUCUUUCUAGAUGGACCCAAGAUAGCGGAGGAAUUUGAGGUUGAAUUAGAAAGAGGAAAAACGUUGCAUAUUAAAGCCCUUGCUCUAGGCGAUCUGAACAAAGCUGGCCAAAGGGAGGUGUUUUUUGAGCUAAACGGUCAGCUCCGAUCUGUCCUUGUAAAAGAUACUCAGGCUCUGAAGGAGAUGCAUUUCCAUCCUAAAGCCCUUAAAGAUGUAAAGGGACAGAUUGGGGCUCCAAUGCCAGGAAAGGUAAUUGAUAUCAAGGUUAAAGAGGGCCAAACAAUUGAAAAGGGUCAGCCUUUGUGUGUUCUCAGUGCAAUGAAGAUGGAAACCUUGGUCAACUCUCCAAUCUCUGGAACAGUGAAGAAAAUAUAUGUAAAAAUGGAUAUGCACCUGGAAGGGGAAGAUCUUCUAUUAGAAAUUGAAUAAUUUGAAAGUAAAAUGGACAGUCUUACUGAAAAUGGGUUGGGUGGUCUAACAUUUUUCAUGCUUUUUGCUUAAUUCUUAUUUGAGUGAGGGUGUGCUCGCCGUUAAAUGUCAGCUGUUAGAACAGUCUGAUUAUCAUCAUCAUUGGUGUAAUGGGUAUUGUACUUUAUCACAAAGCUAUUGGUUUUGGUAGGGGCCAAUUAGGACUGUGAACUAAACUGCUAGUUAUAACAACAAAACAAUGCUUGCUAAGCCAUGGUUUUAAAAAUACCAUUAAAUUCAGACUCUAUUGUAGUAUUUUAUGAAAAUAACUAAAUGUUCUAUUUAGAGGUCGCUCAAUAACUAAAGUAAAUAUGUAUAAUAUAAUUGUAAACCUAUACAUCUCUCUUUGGUGAUGAUUAGUAACCUUAGAAAGCAAAAAUGUGCCAUAAUUCAUUAACUGAAUAUACAAAGCUAAAUAGUACAAACUCAUCUUAAUCUCUUCUUGAGAUUUAGUAAUGCAUCUAGUAAAUAUGUACUGUGUGCAGCUGCUAGCAAGCAUAUUCAUGUGCUGUGAUUAGACAGCAGAAUUUUUAUACAGUGUAGUGUACAUGUCCUUCCCAUAUCCAGCCUUCUUAUUGGUACACCACCUCUGCCUUUCAUUUCCUAUUGUGUCCACUAUUUUUUGUAAAAAUAAUGUUUCUGAAACAUUUCACCCAAUUUGUAAAACAUUUUUUUUUUGUAUUAGUAUAGUAUUUACCCGUUUAACUAAAUUGAUCCCGCAAAGUGACAUAAAAACGUAUCUUCAGUGUUGCUUAAGUUAAAAACUAUAGUGGUGUAGUAUUCACUUGUGCACAGAUGAGAACAGUUCCCUGUUUCUCUUUCACUUAUUCAUAAAUGGAAUAUUGGAAGUGCUUGUGACAAGGUUCUUCUCUCAAAACAUUACUUGAUUUAAGCAUUUUUCCUUCUAAGCUUCUUUUAUGAACAUAUUGAGUAACAGAAGCUCGGUUACUUGAUAUAUCUACUUUUAUAUUUGCUUAUGAGCUGCAAUUUUGUGUAAAGUAUAGCCUGCUCUAAAAUACUGAAUGGCACCUUGGAGUUCUGGGACUGUAUCCCUUUAAACUUUUAUUUUAGUACUCCUAGUACAUGCACAAUAUAUCAAGGGUACAGUGGGUGCAGUCUGGUUUGCUUUAAGUUUUUUUUUUUUGCUAUUGUCACUCAUGGGAUACUUUUUUUUUUUUUUAACAGAAUGUAAACUGAGCAAUCUAUCAGCAUUUCUUUAGAAAAAAUAACCACUAAUAACAUUUGAAUCUCUGAUGAAAUCUAUACAAAUAUAUAUAUUUUUAUCUAUGUACAAUAAGAAAAAAAUAACAGUAAUAAAUAAACAUCCUUUGUUUUAUUAAGGCAGUGUGAAAAUCAGCAAAGGACAGUCUAAUGAGACAGAUCUUGAUUUAGUUUAAUGCAGUCACAAUAAUGUAAUGAAAGAUGGUUUCUGAACGAUUUACUGUACCUUCUUUCAAUAAAUAAGCGUAAAUGUCCGAAUCAUGUUUUAAUCGGGUUAUUAAAAAAAAAGUUGCAUGCCAACAGAAGUUUUUUUUCCCUUCAUCACCAAGAGGGUAAAAAUCACUCCUUACUAUACAAGAAUUGAUAGUUAUGUGCACAAAGCUAUUCCUGUUUUGUUUGAAUAUUGCUAGUAUUAAUAUGGGUGCUGUCAUGUUAACAUAAUUAUAGAUUCCUACUAGAGCCAUAACAUCUGUAGCGCAACUUGGAGGCCACAUAUCAGGCUCAAGGAUUCCAAUAUCUAUGCAGUCACAUUUUCAAGUCCCUAUUGCUCAGUUUGUCUUUGUAAAAUAACAAAAUGUAAAAUUACAAAUGUAAUAAACCUAAGCAUAGUUUCCAUAACAUGUCCUAAUUUUGCUACCUCGCAGCAAUGUGUUUACUAAUUUAUUUAGGGCUGCAGCUGUGCAUUGUGGGUGCAUUCUAGACAUUUUGAUAUUGUCAGCUGGCUAUCUGGGCUGCCCAAAUUC